GAUCUCGUAGGCAUUAUGGGAUAAGGGCGGAAUUGUAGCGGUUUCCGGAUUCCCUGGAUUGGCCUGCUGGGAAGAAAGAAAACAAGGGAGGUGGAAAAACUCCAGGUUUUUGAGUUUUAUCACGCGUUUAUAACAGUUGUGUCAUCAGAAACAAAAUGUCGCAGUCUGGAGAAAAAGGAAAGUUCCCUGAUGCUGCAGGAUAUGUGGGGUUUGCCAACCUGCCCAAUCAGGUUCAUAGGAAGUCUGUGAAGAAAGGCUUUGAGUUUACGCUGAUGGUUGUAGGAGAGUCUGGUCUUGGUAAAUCGACCCUGAUCAACAGCCUCUUCCUGACUGACCUCUACCCAGAGCGCUAUAUACCUGGAGCGGCAGAGAAGAUCGAGCGCACGGUUCAGAUUGAAGCGUCCACGGUGGAAAUCGAGGAGCGGGGAGUGAAGCUCCGCCUCACUGUAGUGGACACGCCUGGAUACGGCGACGCCAUCAACAGCCAGGACUGCUUUAAGACGAUCAUCCAGUAUAUUGAUAAUCAGUUUGAGCGGUACCUGCACGACGAGAGCGGCCUGAACCGCAGACACAUCGUUGACAACAGAGUACACUGCUGCUUUUACUUCAUCUCUCCGUUUGGACACGGCCUGAAGCCUCUGGAUGUCGAGUUUAUGAAGGCGAUCCACAGCAAAGUCAACAUCGUUCCUGUGAUCGCCAAAGCCGACACGCUCACGCUGAGAGAGAGAGACCGUCUCAAGAGAAGGAUUUUGGAUGAGAUCAGUGAGCAGGGCAUCAGGAUCUACCAGCUUCCCGACGCUGAUUCGGACGAGGACGAAGAAUUCAAGGAACAGACUCGUGUCUUAAAGGCCAGCAUCCCGUUCGCUGUGAUCGGCUCCAACCAGCUUAUAGAGGUGAAGGGGAAGAAGAUCCGAGGGCGUUUGUACCCGUGGGGGGUGGUGGAGGUGGAAAACCCUGAGCACAAUGACUUCCUCAAACUGCGCACUAUGCUGGUAACUCACAUGCAGGACCUGCAGGAAGUCACUCAAGAUCUCCACUAUGAGAACUUCCGUUCAGAGAGGCUAAAGCGAGCUGGCAGGGCGGCUGAUGAAGACGUGAUGGACAAAGACCAGAUCCUCUUGGAGAAGGAAGCCGAGCUGAGACGCAUGCAGCAAAUGAUCGCUCAGAUGCAAGCUCAGAUGAAGAUGAAACCAGGCGACGACUAAGUGUGUGUGUGUGUGUGUGUGUGUGUGUGUUUGUGCGUCUAUCUGUGUAUUGUGGGAACAGGAAAUGCCAUCUGACCAGAGGUUCCAUUAUCCUGCCCGUUUCUAAACAUUAUUUGCUUGUCGAAUCCCUAAUAUUUAUCAAUGGAGCGUAAUGUUAAUGUCAACUAAUUCAUGUAACCACAGCACUAUCGCAGCUCCGCCCACACCGAUAACCUCACAAACGGUCUGAUAACAUGUCGUUUAAUCGAUCGGGUUAGAUGCCGUUAAUAAUAAUUUAUCUAACCUGUGGUCAAUCACGGUUUCAUCGACGAUGUUCAGCUAGAGACUUUCUGUUUCUGUGUGCCAAACACUCUUUUAAAGCUGCUCGGCUUGUACCGGUCGUGCAUCAGACUGGCACACGUUCACCUGAUCACCUCGUCAAUACUUUAUAAUAUAUAUUACUUUGAAUGCAGAUGCAUUGGAUAAAAUGAGAGGACGGCGCGCCGGUAGAUGCGCCGGGUCAAGUUUACAGUUUUUAGAAAACGUACCCGUUCGUUGUCAAAUUUUAGCUCUAAAAAUGAACAGACGCUCUGAAAUCAUGUGCUUUUUAAAUGCAUUUGAAUCUGCAACCGUGUUGAUUUGAGCUGCUUAGGCUAGCUGCUUAGUUCCCUCUAGUGGACUUAAAACACAAUCGAUUUUUGCCAGGUUGGAUUAUAUAAAGCUAAAACGAGAAUUGGACAAUCCUGUAGAUCAUCUUUUUGAAAGGGAACACCGUUAAUGAAACGGCGCGACGGAUCUUAUUUAAAAAGUGUAACUCUAGUAAAAUGACGGUAACGUUACGUUUAUUGUGGACGCACUGGUUCAGCUGUUGGUUUGUAUUUUGAUUCACAGAAAUGCCUUAAAACUCCAUUUAGAAACACGGUGCACACGUUUCUCUUUUAUAAUUAUAUUCUAAUGGUUUGGGGUCGGUUUUCUAUCAUUUUUAUUGCUUGAUUUUCACUUAUUUACUACUUAAACAUUAGCGUCUAGCGCAGUGAUCUUUAUUUUUCUUGUUUAGCAGCUGGAACGUUUACGACUGUAUGUUUUAAAAGUUCAUCUACAUGGUACAUGGUCUAAUAAACGGACUGAAACGCACCUUCACUGCCUGCACAUGGAUGUCGGAGUCAUUUUACAGCAGGGAGUUAUUUGCUAAUUAUUAAUGUAAUGUCUUCUGUAAACACACUGGUUUUGUUUUGUUGUAUUUGUGGUUCAGCCCAGUUAUUUUGACUCUGUUAUCUCCUGUUUAGGCCUUUUUUUUAAAGCGUUAACACAGUUGUCAUUGUGCGGUACGGUAAUGCUUACUUCCCUGUUUUACAUGUUCCUUUUUGUAUUUGCUCAUGUUGAGAAAUAAAUAACUUUCUGAGUCA